AUGGAUUUACGAAAAACAUUAACAGUUUUGUUUGAAGGUCACGGGAUGCGUCUCAAAGGAAUAUAUUUUGUAACAACAUCUAAAGUAAUCGACACAUUGAUCGGUAUAUUGAAACAAGUACUGAAGCCAAAGAUAAUAAAACGAAUAAAGGUAUUUAAAACGUGGGAAGAAAUCUAUGAUUUAAUUGGAAGGGAAAUAAUUCCAGCUGAUUUUGGUGGCUAUGAAAAAACGGAAAAAGAGAUACAUGACGAUUGGAUCGAGGCUUUAGGCGACGAGGGUUUCAAGAAAUACUUUCAGGAUAUAAGCUCUGCGAGCACUGUUGAGAGCAGCAGGCCAAAUCUCAUGUUUAGUGAGGAGUACGCUGGUUUGCCCGGCACAUUCCGGCUGCUGAGUGUUGAUUAA